AUGACUUCCCAUCUGAGGCUUCAAUCCUCAUUCGAGCCCAUCGCCGCUAAGGCUACCUACCACCAAACCUCGCCAACGCUUCCACCAGCCAAGAAGCAAAAGAUGUCUCUCACUCAGACUUACUACGUUGCUUCCACCGCAAGGACCAAGCUUGGUCAGGAAGCUCAACGAGCAGACCACAACCUGAGGUUGCUGGUCGGCCACGCCAACCUCCUCGACACCCUCAUGGUCGAGCUCGCCGAUGCCGAGCGGGAACAAGAGGCCUGGUUCAACCAGUCCGUCAAGAAGGCCUCCAAGCCAGAGGAGCCCCGACACGUGCAGUGGAUCGACACCAUCGCAGAGGAGGAGGAUGAGGACUCAGACAUGGAGUCCGAUGACGGCUCAGACAUCUACGACGAGGACGCAGAGAUGUUCAACAUCCCACUCCGCAAGAUCAAGUCACCUCCAGUCGAGGUCACUUCACAAGAGGUUGAUGAGGAUGAGGACGCAGAGUACGACGACGAGUACGACGAGGACCUCGCUCUCACCCGAGUAGAGUCGCAACAUUCUCCACCCGAACUCACUCUCGACGACUCCGACUCCGAAUCAGAGGACGAGUCAAUACCCUCAUCACCCGAUACACCAAUGUUUGAGCUCAGCGAAAAGGAACGGGAAGCAAUCACAACGACCGCCUUCUACGAUCGCAAGUCGGAACAAGGCAUUGAAGACUACCUCAUGCAACAACAAAAUCAGCAGCCGAUCAUCGCGACCUGCUGA